UCAAUGGCUCCUUCUGUACGUAAUAUCUUAUUACAUAAUAAUUAAUGUGUUGCAUCUAUUAAGCCAGCUAGCGUAGAAAUUGCCGCAAAAUCAAUAUGCAAGAGAGUUGCACUGAACGAUCACAGCAAGUUGAAAAUCAAAUGACCUUUCGAAGAAUCACCGAUAAAGUGGGAUCGUGCAGCAGAUUUAAUUAGUGACUAAAUUCGAGCAAAAGGUCAACGCAGAGAGAUCACCUGAUUCGAAUACACGUCGUAUCAAAGGGAAUUCCUUCGUGUUCCACGUGGAGUUUUGCUUUCAGUAGCAGGGAGUUACCAGGACAACAGACAGACCACAACAAAACAUUCUUCCAGUCGCUCCUGAGCUUUGCACGAGAACAGAAGAAGAAAUUUGACGUACAAUGAGGGAGAACACCAAGUUCAUUGUCACCGAGGUGAACAAAUUGUUGGGACGCAAUUAUAAUGUCAUUUAUUUCAAUUCCUUGAGCCCAGAGGAACUGCUUCAAGUAUUGAAGGAAGUGUUGAUUAAGAUACAGGAUCAAAAUGUCAAUGCCAGCGACGCAAAGAGUGAAACUCCUGAAGAGACCUCUAUUUAUAUCUUGUCCAUCCUCCGUGUUCUUCAUUAUCACCCUCAAACAGAUCCAGUGACCUUCAGACAGGGUCUGAUUCGCGGAGAUCCUGACACCAUUCAUCCUAUCCUCACCUGGCUUCUGUCUAAUGCAGACACUGUUCGGAAAAGGGUUUACUUAUCGCGUUUCCUAGUGAAGCUGGAGGUGCCCGGUGAGUAUUUAGGCGAGCCAGAGGUCUCCGCUUUGUACGAGCAGUAUGCGAGUUUGAUUGAUAGAUUCAAAGCGGUGCACAGGGAAAGGGAGAUCGGUAGAAAGAGUUUCGAAAAUGCCAGUGAGCUCACUGCCGAUUUGAAAACGAUGGAGAAGGAGAAAGAAGCGGUAACGAUACGUAUAGAGAAGAUGAAAACGAAAGCCGAGAGCGGGAUGCACUUGUUGAACGCCGCACAAGCGUUGCGAAUAGAGAAAGACAAGGAACGCGAUCUCGCGCUGCAAGAGGAGCAAGAAAGAGAAAUAAUAUCCAGAUUACAAACCAAUCUGCAAAGAUUGGAGAGAGAGUUGGAGAUUCUAAAGAAAGACAAGAACGAAGUCACUGUUCAGUCGUUGUUGCAACGUUCGUCCGAGGUGAUCACCGUCCAGACUAUAGUCGUGAAUGAAAAAUUGCCGGCGGAGAUACACGCGAAGAAGAAUCACAUAAAGGCUUUGAACGCGGUGAAACAGUAUCCGUACUUGAGCCCAGACCAGAUAACCACUCUGCGAAAUAAAUUGGACACUGUCGGCAAAGAGAUUCAGAAUUUGAUAGAGCUUAAGAUUUCGAAGAGCAAUAUCGAUAAAAUCGAGCCGUUCCGGCAGCAAGCGGCCGCGGUUGCCAAUAUCAAAAGGAACGUCCUCGACAAAUUGGAAAAGACAACGGGCUCCUUGGAGGAGCUGCAAGAGAAAUUGCAGGAGAAGUGUGAACUGUCGAAAAUGGCGGUAGAAGACGUUAUCCCGAAGGGAGAGGAGUUAAAGAAGUACAUAAAUCGUUUGAAAACCAGGGGAACGCUUUACAAACAUUGUAAAUCCGAGCUGACGUGGCUUAACGCGGAGAACAGUGUUUUGCAUCGGACAGCUGCCAUCUUGGAAAAUCAAUAUAAUCAGUACAGUCAGGCGAAAGAAAGAUUGGAAACCGUGAAGAAGAACACUCCGGCAAAUUUCACGCAGGAUAACGCGUCCUCGAUGAAUCUCCAACUGAUUCGUGACAUAUCGGCGUUUAGGGCGAGAUUGGUCCCAUUAAUAAAUGAGGUGCAAAGUUUGAGAGAAAAGUGUCGAGAGUUCGAACAGCAGCAGGAAAAAGUGAAGAGAGCGCAAAACGAAGUAGAGUCAAGCAUGAGCACGUCGAUUAACAAUUUGCAGUCUGAACUGGAGAAUAGAAAAGCGAAAAUAGCAAAGGAUGUGGAAGAGAAGGAGAAACUGCGGAAUCUUAUGAUUAAAAUGAAGAAUAUGGAAGAAAGAAUAAAACGAAACGUAGAGGAUCCAACAAUUUCUGAUCCUGGUAAAAAGAUUAAGGAGGAACUAAACUCUGCCAUUCAGGCGGAGGAAACGAAGUUAAAAAAUUUAAUGUUGGAGAAAGAACGUUUAAAACAAACCACCGUGGUAAACGAAAAACAAACGCAGAUGUGGAACGAUGUAUUAUCCGUGUUCAAGUGUAAAAUAAAGUGCGCCGAGGAAAGUAAACAGUCGAAUGGAAUCGUCGUACGACGAGGAGGAGCGGAAACAUUGGUCUUGCAGUAAUAUCUGUCGAAGAAUAAAUGUUUUUUUUUUCGUGCCAUUAUUGGUAAUAAAGAUAUGGAGUUGGUCGAAUUAACAAAACUUUAAUCACGUAAAAAAUACAAUUUAAAUUUGCACAUUUCCACUUAGCAAUCUACGAAUCAAAUUGAAACAGUUGCAUGUAGUUAAAAUAGAGUUACAAAGUGUAAACCUUCAUUGAGUAACAUUCUUUAACGUCAGUUUCACAAAGACCAACAAUCAAUUAAUUUGAAGAAAAUAGAAGUAUGCGCUCUAAAAUAUUAAAUAUCACAUUUCUACGAAAAUUUCUUUUCUGAAAUACACACGUCUAAAUGUAUUCCACGAAACGGUAUUAUGCUACGCUUGUACAUGUUCUUGUAUUAAAAUACAUUAAAUAUAUCUUUUUACAAUA